AUGGAACAGCGAGCAAUUACAUUAACACAUGUUUAUAUGAGUAUUAUUAUUAUUCGUGGUCAUCAAGCAGCUCUCAAAGGACAGGUCGUUCAUUUUCAUGUUGAUACAGAUGUAACAGUUGAAGAUUUAUUACCAUUUCCACGAUGUUACGAAUUUUUAGCAGUUGUACAGGAGAAACCAAUAAAAAAUAACCAGGUUACUACAACUGUUACUUAUUCAUUUAGUCCAGUACAUGUAUUAAAAGCUUUGAAUUAUUUGAAGCAACAUAAUCAUUUAUAUAAAAAUAAAAAUAUAAUGAAACUACAUGAAAUUCAAGAAAUGUUUAAAUGCCAACCUGAAAAUAUUAUACCAAUUCGAAUAAUUGAUAGUUACGCUUAUAAUAAUUCUACAACAAAUUCACCAAUUAUUGACCCAUCAGAAAUUUUAUCUGGUCCUAAACGAGUAAUUCCAUGUGCUGAAAAUCCAACGUGGCAAAUAGAACCUUAUUUAGAAGAAAAAUGUUAUCCAUGGUUAUAUCCACUUGGAAAAGGUGGUGAAGCAGAUCCUGAAAGACCAAUUGCUAUCAGUCUAAGAGAUUAUUAUAAAUUACGAUUAAAAAGUAAUGAUAAUCGGUGGCAAAAAGAUCCAACAUGGGUAUUUCGAGCUUUGAAUAUGUUACAAAGAGAAGAUUUACGUAAAUCAGUUAAUUAUCAUGCUAAAAGAAAGUAUCGAGAUGGGAAAAUGUGUUAUUUAAUUUAUCCAGAUAUAGGUGUGGUUAUUCGUGGUUCAGCUGCAUAUUGGGCGAAAGCUCGGCGUCAUUUACGAUCGAUGUAUGCUACUCUUGGGAAGCCCUUUAUUUUCUUAUCCAUAAGCCUGCAAGAUGAUGUAGAAUUUUUAACAACUAUAGAUCCAAAUCGAUUCGGUACUGUACAUAAUCCAAAUUGCGAAGCAAUUGAUAAUUUAAGUGAUGAUGAAUAUUUAAUAUUAAUAAAUGAAAAUCCAGGACUUGUCGCACGAAUGUGCAAACGGCGUAUGGUAGCUUUCGAAGAUUAUAUUAAAGAUAAAAAACAUCCGUUUCUUAUUGAUUUUGUUGUGACUCAGUAUUUUUUGAAGACAGAAUUUCAACGAGGUGGUUUACCUCAUCUACAUGCCCUUUUAUGGGUUGACAAUCCUUCUUCUCUUGAUACACUCGAAGGUCGUACAACUAUACUUGAUUUUGUGGACAAAUUUCUUUUUACUGAUCUGCCCGAUCGAAAUACUGAACCAAAACGUUACAAAUUAGUUCGAAAAAAUCAAUACCAUAUGCAUACAUUCACUUGUUAUACAAAUAAACCUAUUAUACGAAUUCGAAGAGGAAAAAAAGAAUUAAAAAAUGAACAAAAGAAUCCAAUAGAUUUUAAAACAGAUCAAACUAGUAGCAUAAAUCGUAGUCAAGAAAAUGACAUUUAUGAAAAAGUAGAUGCAAAUAUUGAUCCUGAUCUAAUUGAUACAAGAGUUGAAAGACGAGAAUUUUUUGAACGAGCAAAAUGUCGAUUUGGUAAACCUGAACCUUUAGCUGCUAAGACCCACUUUCGAACACAUAAAGAAGCAAGGAUCUUAACUCGUGGUGAUCGUGAUAUUAUUAUUAAAAGAACAACUGAAGAAUCAAGACGAAUUGUUCCUUAUAAUAUUAAUUUACUUGAAACAUUCAAAUGUAAUCAUGGUAUACAAAUUAUAACGGAUCCUUGGGCAGCAGCUGAAUAUCUUUUUUCUUAUGUUAGUAAAGAAGCUCAUAUGGAGAAAGAUCUUGUACAACAAUUAGCUGGUUGUUCCGCUUCAACACUUGAAGAAGCGAGAAGAGUUUUGUUGAAAGCAGGUAAUGCUGUGUUAUCACAUAGACAAAUUGGAAAAGUCGAAGUAGCUUGGUUAAUUUUGGGCAUUCCACUGUAUCGAUGUUCAAUGGCUACUGUUCAUUUUGAGCAUGAUUUUAUUCAAACUAUAAUUCAUCGAUAUUCAAAUCGACCUAGUAUACCCGAAAUUAUUAAUGAUUUAACGUUAUUUGAAUUUGCAAUUUGGUUUUCAACUGAUUAUACUUCGUCGAAUUAUGAAGAAAGUGAAAAUAAUACAUUAACACCUAAUCCAUUAUGGAAGACAAAUUAUAAUGAACCACCAUUAUUAAAAACAUCAACACAUUUUCCACGUAUUAUACUAACAUCGGGUCAAACAAUGCGUCAGCAUCGAAAUGGGAAGUGUGUCACAUUUACCUGUCUACAUGAUGAUACUGCACAAUCGAUUUAUAGUUUAUUGUGUUUAAAUAUUCCUUUUCGUGAUCCCGUACUUGAGUUUUUAGGUGGUAAAGAAGGUGUUAAACAUAUAUUAUAUUUUAAUAUCCUAUUUAUAAAAUAUACUUUAGAACCAGAAAUAUAUGAUCUUCAUCAAAUACUGGUACAACAUCAUCAUCAAAUUUCUGCUCGUAUUUUAACAUUACCUGAAUCAUAUCGAAUUCAACUAAGUAAUCUUCUUGAUCAUUUACUACAUAUUGAUAAAGAAAAUUAUAUCAUUAAUUAUCGUGAAUCUUUUAUAUUUACCAAUGCAAUUGAAAAUGAUGAUGAUGAUAAUGAUGUAUUAUUUAAAACACGAAGUGAUAAAAAUGAUAAGGAUUCGUUGGUAAAUAAUGAACAUCAAUUAUUUAAAAAUAUUGAUACUAAUACAAGAGCAGAAUCUGAAACGACAACACAUUUACAAAAUACAGCAAAUCCUCAACAAAAAUAUCUUCUUGAUUUUUUACAAGAAUAUUCUAAUCAUCUAAUGCAACAUUCUAGACGUCCAACAUAUGUAGUAAAACCGAAACCAUUUCAUAUUGUUGUGAAUGGUCUUGCUGGAUCUGGUAAAUCUUAUGUAAUAUCAAUAAUUGAAAAAAUGAUUCAAGAGUAUUGUAUAUCUGAAUCGGCUACAGUUUCACGUCCUCGAAAAAAUCUUGGAUUACUUAAAAUGGCACAUACAGGUAAAGCAGCAUUGAAUAUUCAUGGAUCCACUAUACAUUCUGCUCUUGAAAUAUGUCCAGAUGGUAAUUCAUCAUCAAAUAAAAUAAAUUCUUUUAAACUUUAUACAUUAAGAAAUCGAUUAAAUGGAUUAUUAUUAAUUAUAAUAGAUGAAAUUUCACUCGUUUCCCAUGGAUUAUUUCAAAAGAUUAAUAAACGUUUAAAUGAAAUAUUUCGUACAUUCGACAAAUCUGAUACUUAUUUUGGUGGUAUACCUGUUAUUGAAUUUGGUGAUAUGGCUCAGAUUGAGCUUGUCGCUGCCAAACAAGUAUUUUAUCGUCCAUCGGGUGAAUUAUUUUCUUUGUGGCAUGAUUUAUUUCGCUCUAUAAAUUUUGAUAUUAACAUGCGACAAGGAUGUUUGGAUGACCAAAGUGAGAUAUUACUUAAAUCUAGAAGUAUUCGUGAACAAGAUAAUCCUGAAGGUUUUAAAGAUCGAUUAAAAGAAUUGAAUUCAUCAGAAUUUGAAGAUGCCAUGUAUGCAUACGGAACUCGAAAACUAACGAGUGCCAGAAAUAUAACAAAAUUGAAGAAACGUGCACUUGAUACAAAAAAUCCUAUUUUUAUGAUUAAUGCAGUGGAUAAAGUAGCUAUGGUUGAUACGUCCUUUUUCAAGUCCACUAAUACAAGUCGUAAAAAUUGUAAAAUAAAUUUAAAACCAUCAACUGAUGAAAAUAAAUGUGGCUCAUUAUAUCAACGAUUUCCUAUAUGCGUUGGAGCACGGGUUCUUAUUAGGAGAAAUAUUGAUCAGGAAAACUAUAUUGUUAAUGGCACUGAUGCUAUAGUUAAAGAAAUAGUUUGGGAAGAUCCAAGAGAUUUUCUUACAGCACCAGUAGCAUCGAAUAAUAUUUUUUCAGAGUUAACGAAUGUAGUUAAUACGAAAUUACCAAAAUAUGUGGAGUUAGAAUUAUCUAAUGGUCAAAGAUAUAAAUUAGAACCACAAGAAACACGAUUUAAUUAUAUGAAUAAUGUUGUUAUGACACGUUUACAAUUAUCACUUGCUCUCGGUUAUGCUAUUACAAUAUAUCGUACUCAAUGUAUGACGUAUUCAAAAUUAGUGAUCGAUCUUAGUGGUAAAUAUUGGAAACCUGGAAUGUUCUACACUGUUGUUAGUAGAACUCGUCGUAGUACAGAUAUAAUCAUACUAGCGUAUGAUCGAAAAUCUUUCAAAAAUUUUGAUGUUCCUGUACCGAACGUCUCAUCCAUCGAUGUUUUAAUAAAAGAAGAAACAAAUAAGAAAUGCAAAGAUCAUUUGACAUGUACUAAUAAUAAACGACGUAAAACAUCAACAAAUAUCAAUAAUAAUAUUCACAAUAACAUUUAUAAUGGUGAUAUUCAUCCAGAAGAUGCUAUAGUUUGUGAAGAACAACAACUACUCUCCUGUGGACGACAUGCUCUUAGAGCAUUCGUACAAAAUUUAGACAAAUUCGAUGAUAGUUCCUUAAUUAGUAUAGGACAAGAACUUGCAACUCAAGAAUUAUUAAUUCAUGAACAAGAACGUAUUAAUCAAGAUAUUUAUUACAGCAUCGAAGAUGGAUUUUAUCACAUUGAAGUUAUCCAAAAUGCUCUUCGACGGGAGUUUAAUAUUGAGCUUAUUCAAUUAGAAGCACUUAAUCGAACCGCUCAUUUUAUAUACGAAGUGAUCAUGAAUAAUAUUCAUGAUGUACAAGCGUUUUUUAUUCAUAAAGGUAACCAUUACUUUUGCGUUCGACGUUUCGAUAACACUGUUGAUUAUUUUUUUAUCAUUGAUUCACUUUCACCGAAUAUGCAUAAAACAAUUCCACGCAAUCGUAUUCUGGAUUAUAUAGAAUAUCUAUCCAAAAAUGAUGGUUUAAUUUAUAUACCUGUUUCUGCUCAUCUUCUACAGAUGCAUUCUAUUCCAUCGGAUUUAUUACAUUCUGUACUCCACCCACUACCAACAUGCGAUGCAGAUCAAGUUGUUUUUACUGUGAAUGAAAGAACAAAUUUCACUUUUAGUUAA